UUUAGGACCUCGCGGAAUCCUCUGCUUAAAGCACAUGCGAGGACAGAAGACAAGACUUUGUUCCAUAAAGAGAGCUUAACCGAUGUCAGUUUGGUAGAUUCAAUUGUCUGCUUUUCCUUUCAUCCUUCUCACUAACAAUCUAAUGUAUGGUUUUUAAACCGGAGAGGCGGACGUCCUACCUUUGUGUUUUGAAAAUCGUUGACUAAAAAGUUCAUGACAGCAGUAGUAUCGUAUAGCCAGAAGUCUGGGUAGGAUUUGUUGGGGUUUUUUUUAGGAGUUGAUCAUAUUGCAGGAAAUCACUCACAUCCUGAACAUCAGCUGCCUGGCUUUAUAUUAUGCUCAUGCUGCCGUGAUUUCAGCUGAUCGGUUAUCAUCACCCGAAGCCGGACAACAUGACAAACCGGCGAUGGAAUGAAAACUUCGUCUUUUUCACCGCCCUCCAGGUUCUGUCACUUGUAACAACGAGGUGCUUCACUGUCAAGCCACCAACUGAAGCACCUGAAGGAAAUAUACUGGAUCCAUCAAGGCAGCAGAGGACAUUAAAAAAACUGGGAAACUACGAAACAAUUGUUCCUUUUCUCAUAGAAGACGGAGACCAUAAACCAAUCAGUGAGCUGCAUUUCAAGAGCCAUCCUGCGUCUGUGAAGUUAUUGAUUGAAGCUGAAGGUGAACAGCUGCUCCUGGCUCUUGAGAAAAAUGAAGGACUUUUUGCCAGUCACUACACCGAAACACACUACUUGGAGGAUGGAACUGCAGUAACUUCCACUCACAAUGUAACGGUUAAUUGCUACUAUCACGGUGAGGUCCAAGGACAUGCCCAUUCUGAAGUGAGCCUCAGCACUUGUUCUGGUCUUAGGGGAUUCAUCUUACUUGAAAACAAAACAUUUGUCCUGGAGCCGGUGUUUGAUCCAGCAAACAGAAGUCAUUUGAUUUACAGAGCAGAAAACCUCAACUUUUCUCCUGGCACAUGUGGUCAUGGCUUCAACAUAUCAGACUUCAGAGUGGAUGACAUAGCCAGGCCCUUCAAAACGUUCAAUGCAAGGCACAAGAGGGACACACAAAAGACAACCAAAUAUGUGGAGCUAAUUAUUGUAGCAGAUAAUCGAGAGUUUCAGAAGCAAGGGAAAGAUGUGGAGAAGGUGAAGCAGCGGUUGGCUGAGAUUGCUAACUAUGUUGAUAAGUUCUACAGAGCGCUGAAUAUACGUGUGGCUCUGGUGGGGCUGGAGGUGUGGAGUGAUGUGGACAAGUGCUCAGUCACACAGGAUCCCUUCACUACCCUGCAUGAGUUCCUGGACUGGAGGAAGACCAAACUGCUGCCCCAGAGGCCUCAUGACAAUGCCCAGCUUGUGAGCGGAGUGUACUUCCAGGGCACCACUAUUGGCAUGGCUCCGAUAAUGAGCAUGUGCGUUGCAGAGCAGUCUGGAGGGAUCGUCAUGGACCAUGCAGACAGCCCCCUGGGCGCAGCAGUGACCUUGGCACACGAGCUGGGGCACAACUUCGGAAUGAAUCAUGACACCCCAGAGAGGGGCUGCGGGUGCCGGGUCACAGCGGACAAGGGGGGCUGCAUCAUGACCCCCUCCACUGGGUACCCUUUCCCUACAGUGUUCAGCAGCUGCAGUAAGAAGGACCUUGCGGCCAGCCUGGAGAAGGGAGUGGGGAUGUGUCUGUUCAACAUGCCCGAGACAAAAGUGCUGUAUGGAGGACAGAAGUGUGGAAACGGAUAUGUGGAGGAAGGAGAGGAGUGUGACUGUGGAGAGUUGGAUGAAUGUAUGAAUCCCUGUUGUAAUGCCACGACUUGCACUCUGAAGGGCGACGCCGUGUGUGCACAUGGACAGUGUUGUGAGGACUGCAAGCUGAAACCUGCUGGCACCCCUUGCAGGGAUUCUAGUAAUGCUUGCGAUCUGCCCGAGUUCUGCACGGGGGCCAGCCCUCACUGCCCAGCCAACGUGUAUCUGCACGACGGCCACGCCUGCCACAAUGUGGACGGCUUCUGCUACAAUGGCAUCUGCCAGACCCACGAACAGCAGUGCAUCACUCUCUGGGGCCAGGGAGCCAAGCCAGCACCAGGGAUCUGUUUUGAGAGGGUCAAUUCUGCGGGGGACCCCUAUGGAAACUGUGGAAAGGACUCAAAGGGUUCAUUUGCAAAAUGUGAAAUUCGAGAUGCUAAAUGUGGGAAGAUUCAGUGUCAAGGAGGGGCCAACCGGCCUGUGAUUGGUACAAAUGCUGUUUCCAUAGAAACAAACAUCCCGCUCCAGGAGGGCGGACGAAUUCUCUGCCGGGGAACCCAUGUUUAUCUUGGAGACGACAUGCCUGACCCAGGCCUGGUACUGACUGGCACCAAGUGUGGAGAUGGAAUGUUAUGCCUAAAUCGCCAGUGCCAGAAUAUCACUGUGUUUGGGGUACAUGAGUGCUCUGGAAAAUGCAGUGGCCAUGGGGUCUGUAACAACAAUAAGAACUGCCACUGUGAAGCGCACUGGGCCCCGCCUUUCUGUGAUAAGGCUGGAUUCGGUGGCAGUGUGGACAGCGGGCCUAUGAGAUUGGCAGCUGACAGCAACAGUCUCACAGUUGGAAUUCUUGUGACAAUGCUCUGCCUCCUCACUACUGGACUGGUCAUCUGCUUUAAGAAGAAGACACUAAUUCAUCUUCUGUUUACUAAUAAGAAGACAACAAUAGAGAAAUUAAGGUCUGUUGGCCCAAGCAGGCAAUCCAGCCCAAACCAAAUCCAUUCAGCUUAUAGGAACUCCCCUUCCAGACAGCCCCCAGCCAAGCCACAGAACUCCAGUAUAUGCAAGCCUUCUCACCUCCCCUCUGACUGCCUGCUGCCUCCUCACACCAUCCACCCCCACACCCUGAGGAAGCUGCCUCAGUUCCAGCCCGUGCACAUCAGCCACCCGAUCCCACUGCCGCUGGGCGCGAAUCAAUCACAGCCCCCUGUCCUGCCACCUCAGAGGGUCCUGCCGCCACACCCGCCUCCCUCGCCCCAGCAGGGUGCAGCACUCCGGAAGUGGCAGGCCCAACCAUCCUUUAGACACGGUCAGGAACAGGAGAAACCCAGCCCUCCCAGGAAACCACUGCCAGCAGACCCCCUGGGCAGAGCCCCGCGGCUGAACCGCAGCCCAUCCGCCAUGUCUGGAGCCCCGGGCCCUCUGCCACACGCGCGACCUGCUCCCAAGCCUCCAAAACUGCCCAAGCCCGUCAAUGUCCCACAUGUGAAGUAGAAGGGAAACAGCCAUGAAACCCAUCUACAGAUGAAGACACAAAUUUGCACUAAACACAAGUUGAUCCUCUUGGGUUUUUAUAGAAACUUUAAACACGGUGGGUGUCUCUGUGUUUGACUGAAAGGGACUGAGCUGACCCCUUGGCGCUCUGCCUCAGAUAGGUGCUAUGAGUCCUUGCUCAGGUACUUGUAAAUUAUUUGAUCUGUAUUUAUUACAACGCGGUGCACUGUGGUAGACACUUUUGACAGCUACAUUUGUGAUUAUUUUUAAAGCAAAUUCUGUUGUUUUGCACCACAGCUGAGGGAGUAUUUUACUUUCCUUAGUGGUUUUAUAAUGAGUGUAGAGAGCAAAAAGAAAAAAAGAUGUCUAGCAUUUUACAAUAAAACAAGAGCGUGAUUAAGUGAAGCAAUGCUGUGGACAGAACUGGACUCUCAUUUUACAGACAUGGACGUCUGUAGGAGUAUUAAAGGGAAAAAUUUGAGCUUCUUACUUGAUGAAAAAUAACUCUUAUCUUUGCUGUUUUAAUUUUGUCGGACAGUAUUUAAGGUAAUAAAAAACUGGGUACAACUAUGGCUCAAAAAGCACAUCACAGCAUACAGGGCCUAAUAUACCACUUGAACUGUUCUUGACUUAUUCAGCAACCUCUAGAGAGAGAUUUAAGUAUGAAGUAUGCUUAUCAAACUGUUUUGGUGGGAUUGAUGAAAUAGGAAUUCAGAUCUUUAAAUGAAAAGCAAAAAGGUACAGAAACACAAUCAAGUAUUAAGAUGAAAACAACGGUCAGCAUGUUCAACCAAAGCUGUCGUCAUAUCUGCUUUCCCUCAAUUAUAAAUGCGGACAUACUGAACUACUCUGUGUUGUUACCUCCACCCGAUUAGGAAUUACCAGUUGUGUGUUUUUCACUUCUUAACUCAUGGCUACAAACCCUGCAACUGCACACAGGGGAGAAUGAGGGAGUGUAGGUAGACCACUCCAAAUGAGGGAGUUCAGGUAAACUACUCAAACCCACAUUCGAGCUGCUCAUUUUCUAACACAUCACACGCAUCACAGCCCCGUACCGGAGGUUCAGGGCCAAGAGGAGGAGUGGUGCAUCCUUCACCAACAGCAUCGCAAGGCAGCAAGCGCCCAGGAGGCAGCAGGGUUCGCUGUGUCACUGACAGUCAACCGUAGUCGACUAAUCCCGUCCUACCUCUGGCAGCGCUCGGCAAGUUGUGCGCCACGACUCGAGGAAGCCCCGUCACAGCCUCAGCCUGCGCUCAGUGAACAUGUUACUGGUGGAGCAGAAUACAGGACUGCUGGCUUCUUAUUGCAUCAGCUUGACAGAUACAGCUGUACAGCCUUGACUGCAGACACAUAACCCAUCUUUUUGUGCAUUUAAGACAUAGAUCGUAUGGCCUUGCAGCAAUAGGAUUUGUCUGAAAUUUGGUUGAGCUGACAGAUUAAUUAUAUUCUUCAUCACUGCGUUAACAAGGUAUGGGCAUGCUUAUCUGGCACCCCUGCUGGAGCAACCCUCAGUCAAUGCUCCUCAGGAUUUAGAUUUUAUUGUCUGCUAGCUGUCUUCCCAGAAAGAACACUUAGCUUUUCCAGGAAUAACAGCAUCUUUUACAUUAGGGCUAGGAAAGGAAAACAAAAUCCAGGGAUUUUCAGAACUGUGCUCUUGUUGGCCUGUUGUAUAUCUGCUGUAAAGCUGUCUUGAUCUGUGCAAACGUCCUAAAUUAUCCUUCUCCUAUAUUGCAAUAUGCAACACCCUAAGGAAUAAACAUAGGCAAGAGUUCUUGAUGAUCUGAGUCCAGCAACUCCUUUGUAUAAAUUAAUAUAUAGUUAAGUGAAUCUAUUAUUUACGAUGGUGUAAGUGGUACAGGGCAAGCUAAGGAUUUUGCUGUCAAAGUCAGAUUUGUAAAGCUACUAAAAAUGACCUGAGAAAUGGGCUCUCUCCUGUAAGUGUUUUUCUCACCAGGUGUUUGUGAAAUCAGUGGCACAGUACACAUACACACAAUAAAAUGCAAUUGGCUAGACUGUUCGUACUAUUCUCUAUUCAAGACAGAUGCUUGUAUUAAUCACUUCAAUUAAAGACAUUUAUUUAAGAGUAAACGUACCUUAUA